AUGAUCGAUACUUAUCGACAGUCAUCUAGCAUGAAACGGCAAGUGACACCGAUUAUGUAUAGAGCGUGCAGCACCUCCCGCCUGGCUUUGCAGCUGCCCGGCUAUAGACCAUUGCGUCAACUUCACCAAAAGGCCGCAGCUACAGCCUCGAUAACAAGGACGUCUAGAGAUAUAUUCUCUACCCAGAGGGCCCUGCAUUUAACAACCAACCCGAUUCCGAAAUGGAACCAAAAGCCUUGGUCAAACAAUCAACCAAGCACAUCCAGUCGCGCUGCAUACACAACAGCAACACUAAGCAACCCAACCAUCCACGAGAUAUUCGAAAAGACAUCCGGAACUUGGCAAUACCUAGUAGCCGACCCCAAAACUUCAAAAGCAGUAAUCAUCGACCCAGUCCUAAACUACGACUCAGCAACCCAAGCCAUAACAACCGAAGCAGCAGACGCCAUCCUAUCAAAAGCCAAAGAGAUGGGCUACAAAAUCGACAAAAUCCUCGAAACGCACGCGCAUGCAGAUCACCUCACUGCUGCGUCCUAUCUCCAAACCCGCCUUGCAACUGAUCAAGGCUUCAAACCGCCCGUUUGCAUUGGCAAACGUAUCGAACAAGUACAGACUCUGUUUGCCAAGCGGUACGGCGUCCCAGCCAAAGAAUAUGUACGCGUUUUCGAUAGACUCUUCGAUGACGAUGAAGUCUUUUCUAUUGGAGAGUUGAGUGCGAAGGCGAUUCACCUUCCUGGUCAUACGCCUGAUCAUUUGGGAUAUAUGAUUGGAGGUAAAAGAAGCAUUCCAUUCCACCCCUGCCCGUUUCUCCCACAAAUACUAAAAAGAGCCCCAGAAAACCUCUUCUGCGGCGACAGCCUCUUCCACAUAGAUAUAGGAACAGCACGCUGCGACUUCCCCGGCGGCUCGGCACGAGAUCUCUACGCCUCAGGGCGCAAACUGCUAAGUCUACCAGAUCACUACAAGAUCUGGACGGGUCAUGAUUACCCGCCAGAAGGACGGAGUGAGCCUGUGCCUUGGAUGAGUGUGCGAGAUCAUAAGACGUUGAAUAAGCAUCUUAAGGAGGGGAUUUGUGAAGAGGAGUUUGUGGCGUUGAGGAGGGAGCGCGAUGGUGGUCUUAAGGCUCCUAGGUUGUUGCAUCAGUCUUUGCAGAUCAAUAUUCGGGCUGGUAGGCUUCCCAAGGUUGAGGAGUCUGGUUUUAGGUUUUUGCAUGUUCCGUUGGUUGUUGGGGGUGAGUGGUAG